AGUGUGUUAUCAACAAUCCCCAAUUCGGCAAAGAAAUUAGGGAAAAGUUUUUAGUGCCACAAAAAAAGUGAGCUAAAAAAAAAUUUCGGUACCUUUACUUUAAGGGGACACUACCUCACAACAGCAUUCCACUAUAAAACACGAGACAAGAAUAGGCCAAUUCCCGGUUAAGUCUGGACUCGCUAAAAUAUGACAUUUGACGACAUCUUCUAAUGUGAAACUCAAGUCAUGUCAAAACCUGUCUUGUAAGUAAGCAAAUACUCGUAAAAUACCACGGUGUCAAGGUAACCAACAUUGCUUGGCCUGCGUAUCAUCACCACAUUAUUAUUUACCCAAAAACAGGAAAACUCUAUAUCUGACAGGGUUUACGAACAACAAAUUAUUAUUACAGAAUGCUAAACAAAGAAUUUUAAAUCGUACCCUGCCACCCCUUUUCUGCACGCUUGCUUAAAUUCCUGAUCUCCGCCACCCGUCUUUCCAACAUUUCACUCUCGGAGGCUAUUUUUGAAAUUACGCUUGGUUUCGUUUAGCUCGACUGUUCUCUUAUAACAGACGUAAAAUACGACCUUUUUUUUUUGCUAGACGAUCACACGCAUGUGUUCACAAACAACAAUAAUCCAGUACACCAUGGUGACACAACUACCCAUUAAACGACUAUAUGAUCCUAAAACCAAGAAGCUCAGGAAGUCAAUAGUGUUCCCACGGGUUAAUGAGGUCGCCAAGACCCAUCCUAGCUCAUACCAGGAGAAAAUAACUGUAAAGAUAAAAAUGACGGGGAUAAAUUAUGAACUCGAUUUCAUUGAUGACUGCGACGUGGUUGUGCCCGGAAAAGGUAUGGUAGUCAAGAUUAGUUCGAUUCCUCCAAGCAUCGAAUCAGUAUUGGCGUAUAACCCAAAGCAGAAAUAUUUGGUGUUUCCUUAUACAACUUGCAAAUUGGAAAAUCAACAUCUCGAAGAGUCGUGCGAGUGCCAUUUGGUCUAUGGAAAAGACCUUGAUGGAGGAUUACAAGAAUUCCUCGAUGUCCCACAUCAAUUGUUGAUACCUAUACCUCAAAAUAUAAGUAUACACGAUGUAUGUUUCGUGACAGAAAUUCUUCUUCCAUUUUAUAACAAUUUGAAUAAAGUGCACUUGAAUUCUGCCAAUUCCAAAACCCUCAUUCUUCUCAAUGACAUCCGUAAAGAAAUCAAUGAAAUACUAAUCAUCAUCAAACACUUCAACAUUCCGCAAUCUUCCAUCGUAUUUCUUGAUAAUUACACUAUCUCCAAGCUAAAAUAUCCAUCAAUGUAUUCGGGGAGAUUCCAGACUGUUUUCUGUUUCAACAAAUCGCUUCAGAAAUUCGCCGAGUUCAGCUGUAUAUCAACGGGGAUAGAGCUAACAAAGGCGAAAUACAACAUUUUUGCCAAUUUUCCCAUCACCCAACAAUCAACCGAUAGAACCUACCAUUCAAUGGUGCCGACAUUCCACGAUAAGCUAGCAUGUCAGGAAGUAUUGGAUAUAUUAGCACAAUUGAACACGGAACAAGAAGGACUUUCCAACACCACCUUAACCAACGUGAAACUGUCCUCCGACACAAAUUCCAGCUCAACUUCAUCCUCAUCAACACUAACAUCGACAUCGGCACCUCAUUUUGCCUGGAUUUGGCACGAGAAAGACUAUGAUUUGAUCAAUUUUGAAGAUCUCGACGUCGACAGCGAUCCCAAACACCAACGCACAUAUCAAACAAUUGACGAUAUGAACCGACUAAUUCGAUCCACUGAUUUAUGUAGAAUAUGUUAUAUUAGCCGAUCUUACAAAAAGAAGAACUCGACUCUCUUUUUGCUGGUGUGUAAGUUUUUUUUUUUU